AUGUCCACUCACUUAACCCCCUGGCAGGACGCAGAGGUGGUGCGCACCCGGGACCCCCAGCGCUUGGCCCAGUGCGACGUGGUGGUGGAUGUAGGGGCUGAGUACGACCCCGAGCGACACCGCUAUGACCAUCACCAGAGGUCCUUCACGCAGUCCAUGCAGAGCCUGCGGCCCGACAAGCCCUGGACCACGAAGCUGAGCAGCGCCGGGUUGGUCUACUGCCACUUCGGCUCCCAAAUCCUCUCGGGGCUCCUGGGGCAGCCAGAAGACAGCCCCGUUGUGACGGCGCUCUACGAUAAGCUGUAUGAGAACUUUGUGGAAGAGAUUGAUGCCAUCGACAACGGCAUCGCGCAGGCGGAGGGGGAGCCCCGCUACGCCCUCACCACCACUCUCAGUGCCCGCGUGGGCCACAUGAACCCCCGCUGGAACGACCCCGACCAGGACACCGAGGUGAGGUUCAAGCGGGCGAUGGAGCUGGUCGGGGCUGAGUUCAUGGACCGGCUUGACUACUACCACCGUGCCUGGUUGCCCGCGCGGGCGCUGGUGGAGGAAGCCGUCCGGCGACGCUUUGAGGUACCCACCCUGCCAGUUUUGGGGGGCGGGUGGCUCGGUGCCAUCCUCGUCUACGUGGGCCGAUACGUGCGGAAGAGCCGAGCCGAGACCCGGUUGCACCUCGAGUACCUGCGGGCGCUGCCCUGCGAACCAGCCAGCCCCGAGGAGGAAGAAGAGGAGGAAGAAGAGGAGGAAGAGACACGCAGCACCAUCCUCUGA